CGUCACAGCAGCGAGCAGGGAGACGGCAGUGAAGGCGUCCUCACUCACUGAAGCUUUUUUUCAUAAAUCUGCCUUCGGUGGCGCGGAGUUCCGUGCUAUGGCGUGUUGGACAGCGCGACAGCAGAAGGAAUGCUGAAGAAACACGGGAUGCUGUGCACUGAAAGAGUAGAAGAAGGGAAAGGGAACGAAUGGCUUCUCCAGUGCCGCCUUCUGCAAGCAGUGUGGAUAAGCAACCACAUUCUCCCGCCGUCCUUGAACACCUCACUGGUGUGCUGCACGUCAGCAAGACAAGGGAAUCAACAGGAGGAGGGAUCCCUGCAGAUGGCUUCUGGAACCCGGCCCGGGGCUGCAACGCCCGCUGUCAUUCAGCAGCCAGGACGGCACAUCGCAAGGCGGGCUCGGAGGUCAAACUGCGUCCUCUCGGGGACGAGAAAGUACGCGUCUGCUGUGACGAAGAAUUGGAGACUUCCUUCAUCUACAUUGAUGAGAAUGUUAACCUGAGACUCGCCAGCCCGGAGACGAGUCUUAAAAGUUCUCAUCGAACCCCACGUAACUGCGAGCCGUGCUCUGAAACAGUACCAGAAUUUUCUUUCAUGUCUGAGGAUGAUUUGUCCUUUGGGGAGGCCUCCGGGUCCUCAGUGGACUACUGGUUCAUCAGUGCCGUUACGUUUUUGGUGACUGGUAUCUCUUUGGUGAUCAUCUCCUAUGCUGUGCCCAGAGACAUAGUCGUGGACCGGGACACUGUCUCGGCCAGGGAGAUGGAGAGGCUAGAACUGGAGAGUGCUCGGAUUGGGGCUCACCUGGACCGGUGUGUCAUAGCUGGACUGUGUUUGCUGACCCUGGGUGGGGUUGUGCUGUCUACGCUGCUCAUGAUCUCCAUCUGGAAAGGAGAGAUGUACAGGAGGAAGGUCAUCGCUUAUUCCAAACGCUCAGCUAAACUGUACGGUUCCAUCAGCUUGAAAACUAAAUCCAGUCCAAGUCACUCCUCGACACAAUUGUCUCUGGACGACAUUGUGGAAAAUUUCAACUAAACAUUGUGACAUUUCUCUCUCUCAGAAAAAGGGGCAUCACUUUGUAUUUGGUCUCGUUUAAUGAAAUCAUUAAAUAUCUAUAUUAUACGAGCCAGUCUUUUAAAAAGGGACAUAACAAUUUCGUAUUGUUCCAAGGCUGGGCUUGAACAACUGUUCAUAGGAUACACACACUGUUAUCAUGCAUACAGUACCGACAGAGAUGUUACGGGCAUUGUCGCAGAACUAGAUUGCAUUUUCGGUACCCAGCAAAUCUCUUAAGAGCUCCAGUUGAUUAUUAAAGCUAUUCAUUUUUAAUGUGAAGGUUUUGAACCGCAAAAUCAUACACAGACACAUUUCAGGAAGUAGCCGGAGUCCCCAGAGUGUGUCUGAGGUGGGCUUCUAAGAGGUCCACUCUGCUGAGGGAGAAUCAGUUCAGCGGUGUGCAUGGUAAUAUCCAGUGACAGUCCCUCUCUGGUGCAGUGCUGAGGUAAGCCAGUUAGCCGAGCUUUUGUGCAUCCGAUCCAAAGCUCCAAGUCGCUUUGACUGCGCUCUGCACUUUGAUUGCACCGGGCAACCUUGUCAUGCACUGCGCACGCUCCUGUGCCGUGUCUCUUUCUCUCAGAUUCUCUUCUAUCAUGAAUAGAUCGUUGCCUUUUAGCAUUGCGAAGCUUAUAUAAUGUUGUGUAAUUUGACAUUCACAGUGGAUUCCACACAGUGGAACAUUAUGCUAUAUUAACACUAUCACAGAAACACUUGUGCCAUGCAAGGUUUUUUGCAGGAGUCAAUAACCAGAUUUAAACAUUCAUGUCUUAUAUUUUUUAUUCCACACCAAACACUAACAUCUUUAUUUUUUCAGCAUAUUGCAUCAGUCCAGAAGUGCGUGUGCACGCCUGCUUCCUGAUAUGUGGCUCUUGCAGUCCAUGUGAAGAGUGCCAACAUCGGAAAAAGGUUUUAAAAUGAGUUCGGAAAAAGAUUCCCAUAUUACAAAUGCAAAAUAAAGGACAUCCUGUGCAAAGCAUACAAUUUCAUGUUAUUCGAGUGGUUUUCUGAUAAAAAUUUAAAGUGAUAUAAACCGCUUGGAGUAUGACCCCACACCCCCCACAAAUGUGAUAGCCCCGG